GGGGAGAAGACAGUUCAACUUAAAGAAAUCAACCACCAAUACAAUUUCACAAGCCUUCUUAUCCCCCAACUUUCCAAAGUUCCUCUCAACAAUCCCCGAACUCCGUUGCCGAGUGUGCCCUCAUCUCGACUCGAAAGUCCAGAUCGCAUCAUUGUGUCUGCAUAACAAGCCAUCGCUAUUGACAAUUUUCUUCCUUUAUCCUUAAAGAUUUAGACAACAAAUUCAAGAUGGCGGACAAGGAGUAUACCUACCAGGAUGUUGCCGAGCACAACACCAAGAAAGAUCUUUUUGUUGUUAUCCACGAUAAGAUCUACGAUUGUACAAAAUUCGUUGAUGAACAUCCCGGUGGUGAAGAGGUUAUGUUAGAUGUCGGUGGCCAAGAUGCGACAGAGGCUUUCGAAGAUGUCGGCCACAGCGACGAAGCGCGAGAAACCUUAGAGCAACUCCUCGUCGGUACUCUUAAGCGAAAGCCCGGUGACCCGUCCCCCAAGGCCCAACAGUCCUCCCUCGCACCUGCUGCUAACACAAGCUCUGCUGGUUUGGGAACUGCUUUGUACGCUAUUAUCUUCAUCGGAGGUAUACUCGGUUUCGGUGCUUUCCAAUACCUCCAGUCGCAGCAAGGCAAGGAGGCUUAGACGGAUUCGUAUAUUCGGCAGGAAAUGUUUGGGAGAUUAAGAGCGUACAACAUGAUUCAAGCGAUGGACGAUCGAUAUCCUCUCGGCAAUGUAUUUGAUGAGUACUUAAUAGAUCGGGCUAUUUGGUUCUUCAUAACUUAUUAGUCCAUGUCUCAUCGUCAUCAUCAGACUGCUUGGUUAAUUGAGAACCAGGAAGUCAGGUGAAGAAAUGGUUAUUCAACUUUAUUAGAGCUGGCUAGCUAGGAGAUAGCGGUCACUUUAAUAAGAAGCAGUUUUCAUAGACCCGAUGAUCUAAAGCAGUAGGGAAUAGCAAUCAAUUAAUGCAAUUAAAACAUUA